ACUCGUGCAGACAACGCAGUUGAGUUUAAAGUAAGUAUAAAAAGGAGGCGACUUCAUACCAAUACGUCUGGGUUAAAAAAACGGGUUUAAGAAUCUAGGGAGGUUGAAGACGCAGUUAAGAGCGUUGGAAACCUGUGUCAACUUCGACCUUCAAUGUGGAGGGUGUCGAAACUGGGCAGGCUGCAAUUGAAUGGACCACGUGCAAGAUAUCAGCUCCAACAUCCUUCAUCUUCUCAAGACAAGCCCAAUUUUCAAAUAUUUGAUAGGUACCUCAAGGGAAAGCAGAGAGACCGGGCUGCGUGGCUAAUGAGCCCCACCGACAAUUUUCUCGACACGGUCGCUGAAAGGUUGUUGGAUCGUUUGGAGGAUUGUAAGAAGGAUUUUUCAACCGCACUAUGCCUAGGAGGUUCAAUAGAGCCAAUAAGACGAUUGUUGCGGGGACGUGGGGGGAUUGAAAGACUCAUUAUGAUGGAUAUGUCGCCGGAUAUGAUUAAGAAAUGCAGAAUAGAGGAAAAAAUUUCUGAUCCAAAGAUUGAAACCUUGUAUGUGGUUGGAGAUGAAGAAUUUUUGCCUAUUAAACAAAGUUCUUUGGAUCUCAUCAUCAGUUGUUUGGGUCUCCAUUGGGUGAAUGAUCUUCCUGGUGCUAUGAUACAAUGCAAAAGUGCAUUGAAGCCAGAUGGAAUGUUUCUAGUAGCUAUUCUUGGUGGUGAAACGUUAAGGGAAUUGAGGAUUGCAUGUACAGUGGCACAAAUGGAGCGUGAAGGGGGUAUCAGCCCUCGUAUUUCUCCAUUGGCUCAAGUACGGGAUGCAGGAAAUUUGUUGACAAGGGCAGGGUUUGCACUUCCGACAGUUGAUGUUGAUGAGUUCACUAUUAGAUAUGCAAGUGCUCUGGAACUUAUUGAGCAUCUUCGUUCGAUUGGUGAAACCAAUGCCCUUCUGCAGAGAAAUCACCCAGAUAUUAAAAAGGGAUACUGCUUUAGCAACUGCUGCUAUUUAUCAGUCCAUGUUUGGAGCUGAGGAUGGAACUAUCCCAGCUACAUUUCAGGUCAUUUAUAUGACUGGCUGGGCACCGCACCCCUCACAACAGAAGGCCAAAAAGAGAGGUUCUGCAAAUGUUUCAUUUGAGGAUAUUCAGAGAGAGUUUGGGAACCAGGAAGCCCCAUAAAUUCGUGGCUUCUUAACCGGUAGUGUAUGAAUGACAGGACCUAGCAUUUAGUAUGAUGUUUAAUUUCCAUGCUGGACUUCCAGAAGCUAAAUGCAUAUAAGGUGUACUGCAUGCAUUUAUAUCUGUGCGAAUGUAAUUGGUUAUGCUUUAGUAAAUUUGGGAGGCACGCUGAAUAUUGCAACUAAUCUGAUGGUUCAGCAUAGACAACUGCAGGUGAAGGCUAUUCAAUGCCACUUGCCAUUUUGGGGGAGUAAUUAAAUUUUCUUUAUAGCCUUUAAUCAGUCUCCACAAUUAAUUUUGCAAGAAUUGUAUUAAGACUUGGUAAACUCUGUCAACUUUGUUGUGUAUUCAAUUUGACGUGGCAUGGGUGUUAUUUUGUUUCAUCAAUAUCGAAUAGUGCAUAGACACUGA